UCGAGAUGAGAGUCAGGGAAGAAGCGCGGGAAGCCACUCUCAUAUCCUAGAGGCGAUCAUGAAACAAAUCUCCGUUAUCGCCACAACCCUUGAUCUCCCAACUUCAACCCUCCAUCAAUCCCUGCGCUGCCCAGAAAGCAGGUGGGUCAACUUAUCGAUGCAGCAUAGGAUCGAUCAGGACGCGCAAUUCAUUUCGUGGCACAUAUAUCAGGCGGAAUAAUCUGCAUUUCAGUCUUUUCUUCAUCAUCGCAAGACGAACAGUAAUUCUCAGUCUCUGAACUGUUAGCCACUCAUUCAAACACUCACUACGGUCUUUACCUUUCAUACUAUCUCCAUUCCACUUCAACCAACGAUACCCUUUUCGUCGCUUUUAAUCCACCACCAACAACAAGCAAAAUGAAGUUCACCAUCAUCGCCGCUACUCUCGUUGCUGCCGUCGCUGCUCAGUACAGCGAGGAGGUCUGCUCCGGUGCCGUCACUGUCACCGUCACCGAGACUCUCUCCUACGGCAUCCACACCCCCAGCGCCCCAGCCUCGCUCGCCGUCACUGCGCCCGCUCCCUACCCCACUGGCAGCGCCGGUGUCCCUCCCGUUGUCCCUACUGGCACUGCCCUGACUCCCCUCGCUUCUGAGGUUGCUUCUGGCACUGCUGCGCCUUCUGGCACCGGUGCGUACAGCGCCCCUGUCUCCGAGUUCACUGGUGCCGCUUCCAACCUUAAGGUCGGCGGUAUGGUUGCUGGUGUUGGUGCUGUCGCUGCGCUGUUCUUGUAGAUGUUGUAUCGAUG